UCUCUCUCUCUCUCCCACUCUCACCUGUCCCCCCCAUCAGAUGUCAACUAGAUUACUAGACUUUCCACCGCAUAGAAAGAAAUCAUUGAGUUUCAGCUCUUUCUCCAAACAUUUCUUCCCUUUCCCAGACCCAGACAAGGGCACACACACAGACCGGCGACCGACCACGCUAUCUAGCCAACCAUUAAGUGUGUGUGUGAGGAAGUGUGUGUGGUUUUUUUCUUUCUUCUUUGAGUAGAAAGAAUGAAGUAAGGAAAAUAAGUUGGGUAUUUGCGCUCUGUGCCUGUGUUUGAUAACCCAGGAUCCCUUUUAAAAUCAUUUCACUUGACGGUGAAACCUGGAAGUGGAAAGUUUAUAGCUGUGAAUAGUCGCAGGACUUGGGGUUGCCAUGGGGUGUUGGUGGUGCUGGCUACUGGUAACCUUGCUAUGGGUUUCCACGAUAACAAACCCAUGCCUUGGCCAGAGUGGUGACAGUGGCGACUGGGGCUCUGGCUUCGAUGUCUCCAUGACGACCCUCAGCACCAACAACAACACGUCCUCCUCCCAGGAGCCAGGAGAUUACCCUGCGGGGUCAGAAACAGAGACAAGAGCAUCCUGGGUUAAAAUACUUCCACCUAAGCCAGUGUUCCACUACAACACGGAGCCAGAUGAGUGCUCCGUCCACUUCAGCACCAGUCAGGCUUCCGCCAGGCGCCUCAAGGCCCAGAGAGAAGAGUUGGCCUACCUGAAGGCUAUACAGCAUGGGAACCAGGCGGUGGUGGAGAACCUAGUCCAGUACAUAGGAGCAGAGCUGGGGGAGGAGCAGCGCUAUGAGGACGUCAUCGAGGAAAACAUAGUGGGCAUCAGGGAGGAGCACCAGAGCUGUAACGGUGUAGUCCAGAAGGUGAUGGAGGAUCUGGAGGGACAGUUGGAAGGAGAUGUACUGGAGGCUCUGACUGGGAUACGGAAAAUCAAAGAGGAGUCCUUGGCGUUCGAGGGCCUCUUCCAGGCAGCAGCAGACAUCGCCAUGAGGCUGGAUACCUUGUCUCAGACCCUCCACGCCUCCUUCACCAAACAGCUCAAAGACUCUCUCAAAACGUUACGUCGCUAAGGAGAUUGUCUGGUCUCAGAACUGUUUGUGCGGUCUCUCCAGUUCCUAUGGUCUUUGCUGUGACUCUUUUGUAGCCUGGUCUCAGAUAUGUGUGUACAAGAGAGCACAAACAGCUAUUGGACCAGUCAACUAAGGCCUAGAUUAAAUCAGAUCAAGUGUAAAGCGGCGAUAGCUGACACCCACAUAGCUGAUGCUUUGGCGGAGGUGUAACUGCGUAGGAGCUUGUCAAAAAUUUGUUGAGCAGCAGCUCAUGUGAUCAUUGUCAUGAAGUUCAGAACAAGAAAGUAUAGGUCAUAUAGGAAUAAUUACACUGAAACUAAAAAAAUAAUUCAAUUAAGUAAUGAAGAUUUUAUUAGCCUUAUCGAGGUGUAGAUUACAUCUCAAACGCCAGUGUUCGAAAUUUCUCUGAGUGCGACUCCUCUGCAGCCAAUUGCAAUGUCCACUUUAGGUAUAAAUCUGGGAGCCGCUUGUGGAUUUGACAGUUCUAAUGCAUUCCACCUCUGCCAAAACAACCGCUAUGCAGAUGUCUGCUAGCGCAGAUCUGAUGGAAUCUAGCCCUAAGGAGAACUCUCUACUCUUCAUCUCUCCCUCCUACUCUUCUUCCCUCCUUCAUGCUCUUCUUCUCUCCCUCCUACUCUUCACUAGGAAAG